AUGGACGAACGAGAAAGACCCCGAAAACUACCCAAGCUCGAUCACAACAACGCAUUGAUUCAACACGAACUCAGCCGCACAAUGACUGGCCCUGUGCCUGCCGCCGACAACCUGUCGCAAGCUACAGCCAGCACUCCGCAGCUGCAGCAGGCCCAGUCUCUGCCAUCCGCCGAUGAGACUGCCGACUUGUUCGCACAGUCCGACGAGAAGAACAACCUAUCGCAAGCUGCAGCCAGCACUGCGCAGCUGCAGCCGGCCCAGUCUCUGCCAUCUGUCGAUGAGACUGCCAACUUGUCCGCACAGUCCGACGAGAAGAACAACCUGUCGCAAGCUGCAGCCAGCACUGCGCAGCUGCAGCAGGCCCAGUCUCUGCCAUCUGUCGAUGAGAUUGCCGACUUGCCCACAAAUUCAGAAAACAGGAAAAACAUAGCGCAGGCUACAGCUAGCACUACGCAGCUGCAGCAGGCCCAGUCUCUGCCAUCCGCCGAUGAGACUGCCGACUUGUUCGCACAGUCCGACGAGAAGAACAACCUAUCGCAAGCUGCAGCCAGCACUGCGCAGCUGCAGCCGGCCCAGUCUCUGCCAUCUGUCGAUGAGACUGCCAACUUGUCCGCACAGUCCGACGAGAAGAACAACCUGUCGCAAGCUGCAGCCAGCACUGCGCAGCUGCAGCAGGCCCAGUCUUUGUCAUCUGUCGAUGAGACUGCCAACUUGUCCACACAGUCCGACGAGAAGAACCACCAGGCGCAGACUCCAGUCGGUACUUCGCAGCUGCAGCAGGUCAAGUCUCUGCCGUCCGCCGAGGAAACUGUCAACUUGCCAACGCAGUCAGAAGAGAAAAAAAGCUUGGUCGCACAGUCGGAAGCUCCAACUGAGGAGAAUAAGGAUGGCACGGCUCCAAAGCUUUCCAAAAAUCAGCUCAAGAAGCUCCGCAAAAAGCAGCAAUGGGAGGCUGAACGCGGCCUGCGCAAGGAGAAACGCAAAGCGCAAAUGGCCCAAAAGAAGCAGCGCCGUCAGCGCAUGGUAGAGGAGGCGCGUGAGACUGGUGGAGAGGAAGCUGUGAAAGCCCUUCGCAAGCAAUGGGAAACCACCCGGGCCCAAGCCAAGCGAUCAACCCUUCUUCCUCUGUCGAUUGUGAUCGAUUGCGGUUUUGAUGACUUAAUGAACGACCAUGAGCGCAUUUCCCUCGCUGGUCAGCUCACACGCUCAUACUCCGACAACAAGCGAUCCAAGUGGCGUACCCAUCUCAUGUUCAGCUCAUUCAACAAGCAACUGAAGCACCGAUUCGAUACUGUGCUCGCGCCUUAUCGUAACUGGCAAGGGAUUCGAAUCGUCCAAGAUGAUUUUGUUCGUGGCGCUGAGAUUCUCAAAAACCAAAUGGCCUCGCCACAAGGCGGAAAGUUGGUUGGUCCUUUCGCCGAUCAGGUCGACGCCAAGCCAGAGGACGGUGAAGUGAUCUAUCUGAGUAGUGAUAGUGACAAUAUCUUGACUGAGUUGAAGCCGUAUUCCACUUACAUCAUCGGCGGCCUUGUGGACAAAAAUCGUCACAAGGCAGUUUGCUACCGAUCUGCGAUCUCCCAGGGAGUCAAGACCGCAAAGCUGCCCAUCGGUGAAUACGUUGAAAUGAGCUCUCGUCAGGUACUGACCACCAACCACGUGGUUGACAUCAUGUUGAAGUGGCUUGAAGUUAAGGAUUGGGGAGAGGCCUUCAUGAAAGUGCUUCCCCCUCGAAAAGGUGGUCAGCUGAAAGGCUGGCGUAACAGCAUGGGCGCAGUCGGUGAACCCAUCGAGAAGAUCGUGCUCGAGGUUUCAGAGAACGAGGACGAGCAAGAGGAGAGUCUCGAGGAUAUUGCCAAUCAGAUGGAGGCUGAUGCUGAGGGGGAUGCGGAUGAGGAUCACGACAAUGGUCUUGAACAUGCGGGGACGCAUGCCUAA